GGUGCAGAGUGCGCCUGCCACCAAUCUCUCUACGGUCGCGCUGCAACCAGGUCGUCCCAGUGUCUGUCGGUAUGUCUUUCGCGACGUGUGUGUGUCUGGCGCUCUGUGCGGCCGCCGCUGCCGUGGGGGCGGCCCCGGGCCAGAGCAGGGACGCCGCCGCCGCCGGCGAACCCUGCCAGCCCGACAAGCUCACCGUUUAUAAAGUGGUCCUGCACACCUUCUGGUCCAGGGAUAAGUUCCCCAAGCACUACCCCGACUGGAGACCGCCGGCACAGUGGUCCAAAGUUUUCGGUCGAAGUCACAACAAAUCAUUCACUUUGUUCCGGUUGGGUCAGAAAUCGUCGGCGGGAGUGAAAGCUUUUGCUGAAACGGGUCGUUCUGACGUCCUGGAGGAGCAGAGCCAAGGCGAAGGAGGAAUUUACGAUGAGUUUAACGCUCCUCCCAUAACAACAGGCGUCGGCAGGACCGAAGCGGAAUUCUUCGUCGAUGGAAACCAUUCAAGGGUAUCCCUCAUGUCGCGAAUAAUUCCAUCUCCCGACUGGUUCAUCGGGAUCGACAGCUUCGACUUGUGCGUGAACGGCAACUGGCUGGACAGCAUCACAAUUGAAGUGGAUCCGAUUGAUGCCGGAACCGACAACGGAUUUACGUUCACAGCCCCGAACUGGCCGACAGAACCACAAGGGGAGGCCUAUCGCAUUACGGCCCAUUACCCCGCUCAUCCUGCUGGAUCGUUCUUCUAUCCCUAUCUGAAGCGUCUCCCGCCCAUCGGCACGUUUCAAUUUAUUAAGGUCAAAGAGUACGAGCUGAGUGAAGUGUUCCAUCAUGCCGAAGACGAUCAACGUUAUGAAGUUUUAAAAAUGGAGCACUUGACCCAGAAUAGUAUAAACGUUUUAAAUGGAAACAGCGAUAUUGAAACAGCCAUCGAGGAAGAACGUGAGGAGCAGGAAAUUCAUCAGCGUCCUCGACCUCGGCCCCGUCCAUACAAGCAGUUCGUUCUAUCGACUUCGACGACUACUAGCACCACUUCGAGAGCAUCAUCCGAUCCAGACAGAUCGCUCAACGCCAUAAACGAGAAAGACGAUUUCGUCACGCCACCUUCGAUUCCGGCCGUAGUCCCCCGUGGGGACAAAGACGCCAUCAUCAACAGCAUCGCAGACUCCUACCUAAGCCAUUCGAAAGACCAUCACCACAAAAAGUACCGCAAGCCCAGAAAGAACGUCAGAAAAUACCGUCCGCCCCGGGACUGCCGCGUGAGCGAGUGGUCCCCCUGGAGCACCUGCAGCAAGUCCUGCGGGAUCGGCGAGAUGCAGAGGCGCAGAGAGGUGCUAAAGCACGCCAGACGCGGCGGCCGCCUCUGCCCCCCCUUAGUCGAGACGAAAUGGUGCGGCUCGGCUCGCUCCUGCAACAAGGAGUACUUCAAGUUCUAGGGUCCUGUCGUCGGCACACCUGUGUUCAGUGCUCGCGCCUACUCACGAUCAAAAACUUCCAGAGACAUUUAAAUGUUUGUGAUUCACUCUCAGGGUUCACGCGUUGAACUCGAAGCGGACUGUACCGGAGACUUUGGUACGUUUUGUAAGUAUUUUUAACGAUAAUAAUUAUUUUUAAGAAGAGACAAUCGAUAUUUAUUGACAUCCGAGGCACGAUCGUGGGGCCCAGAGAUUACUAUAAAGAUAAACGAGACGUCCUACAGUUUUCAGUCAGACUUCUUUUACAAUAAUAGGGUACGUGUAGAACUUGUAUACCUUUUUGGGGAUUAUUGUGUAAAAAUGUUCUUACAUGAUUUUGUGUGUGAUACAGACCGUUUACUAAUUUUUAAGAAUGACAUGCUAAAUUAUUUAGAAGUUUGUAAAUAUAACUAUAGGUACAAAGAUGUAGGUGUUAGAGACAAAUGUCAAUGAGAAUUUCUAUCAAAAAUUUGUAAUAAUGAAGAACUGUUGAUUUUUAUUGGAGGAAUUUCGUAAUGUCAAUAUCACGUACCAGAGAUGGUCGCUCAGCGUCAAACCAAACAUGACUUCUACAUAUAGGCACAUAGGAUAAUUUUGUAUUACAUAAGUUGUAUGUAUGUAUAAUUGUACUAAUAUUAUCAUUUUUAGUUACUUAUCAUGCUCAUAUGUAUUCAAUAAAACAAUAAACGUUAUAUUUACAUAAA